AUGCCACCAACGUUCCAUUACUUCCCCAAAUUGCCGAAAAGCAUCAGAGAGGACAUCUGGGCCUGUGCCAUCCGCCCCAACAAGGCGAGCGCACACCUCUUCACCAUCUAUAACGCCGGCAUCAAAAGGGAACGGUCAUUGAUAUCCCACCACACGCUCAACCCCCGAAGGUCGCGAGGCUUUGCUCUAGCUGCUCCUCCAGCUUCUAUUUCGGACGACGAGGACGAUGAGGAGGAUAAUGGGCAUGAUGAGGACGAUGGGAACAAUGAGAAUGAUCAGGACUAUGAGAGUGCCGAGGACCAUGAGAGUGCUGGGGACGAUGAGAACGAUGGGGGCGAUGGUGAAGAACAUUUACGUUCCAUCUCAUGGGUCCAAGGCAACCGAUCUACGUACUUGAUGGAUGCUGGCCUGUGGGCCGCCUGCAGAGAGUCAAGAGCCACGAUAGCGCGACGGUUCAAAUUAGCCGAAUGGGAGAUGAUGCUCGAGGAAGAUAAAAACUGGGAGGCUGAUGAGGCAGAGCAUGUUGAUGAUAAAGAGGAUCUUCCUGAUGCCCCGACCGCUGCGUGGUUUGUUUUAGAAGGCGAGUCGGUGCGUUGCCUGACGAAUCCACGAACCGAUCUCUUUCUCCUUGAGGCUCUUAACAUCGACACAAUCGACUGGAAACGAAUACCGGGUCUACCCUUAUUCACUUGUAGGAGGCGCUCAGAGUAUCGUGUUAGGCAUAUGGCCCUCAACUGCCCUCUUGUUGCUGGGUGGCAUGACGAUGAGGGCCAGCAGGUGAUCAAGGUAGCCUCCGGCGAACUUUCGUGGUUGGAGAACUUGUGGUUCAUCAAUUAUUUUCUUCGACGAAGGGAAGGGGCUCCGUCUACUAGUACGCGGGAGCGAUACCGGUUUUACGGCAACGGCUGCAUAUUCACCGAAGUACGACACUGCGAUUGGGAUUGGUAUGCUAUGCCCGGCGGGAUAUCCGUUUCCGAAUUCUUGGUCGUGUUGGAAUCCGAAGUGGCCAGCUAUUGUAGCCAAAGGGACGGGGUGAGACGACCCUACCGAGCGGGCGGAUAUGACUAUCGGUAUUUUGGUGAUAGGCCGGAGAUCGGUGUUCUAGCAUACGAACAGCGAGAUGUUUGAGAGGUUGAUGGCUGUGUAUAAUUAUAUACGUUUUUACUCUUUUUUACUCCUGCCGCUGGUUUACCAACAUUUACAUGGCGAUAAGGCUUUGGGACCACUGGCAAAAACAUUUCAACCUCCAGACCCCUCCUUCGCCGAUGUAGCACGAGGUGGCAUAUAUAUGCUGACUUCAGUAGUAUAAGUAGGCCUCUACUAUAAAUCUCCAAGCUCGCCGUAUGCUCCUCCUAGCCCAACAUCAUUCACUAUAGCGCUGUCAGCACACCCCGUC